CCUCCGACCUUCCUUUCACUCCCGUAAUCCGUCUGCGUAGGGUGUGCUCCGGAGCUAGUCUCGGCACACAUUUUAUUAUUAUGAAACAAACCAAAAGCUAGAGAGCACACGCAGACAUAUUUUUAUAAGAAAAAAAAAAAUCGGUGAAGCAGGAUUUGAUUUGCCAACUAAAGCAACGCGACGAAGAAAAAGAACGAAAGACGGACUAAGACGAACGUUAGCAGGCUAAGCAGUUAGCGUCAUUGUUGAGAGCGUGGGUGAUUAACGUUAGCCAGUUGUAUAGGUAACCACUGAUUUCUCCUGUUUGAGGGUUUUGUCAUUCCAGUUAUAUUUGUACGUAUAGACAUUCGCUUGGUUAAUUACCGACUAUUUACCGUGUUAAUUGGCUGUGUUGAAAUACUACGAGCCACAUCGUGUAGGCCACGUUCCGACACCUCGCUAAUCAAGCUAACUUGCCCACGUUGCUAAGCUAGCUGGUUUUUGAGCUGUUAAUUUUUGUGGACCUGACGAAGAAACCAUUUCAUAUAGAAAGCUUGUAUUGGCUGACAACUGCCAAGGACAUAUCAGAUUAAUAUUACCCUAUAAUUUGCCUUCGCGUCGUAUCGCUUGAGAACACGCGUCGUCCGACAUGAAUCCUAGCGCGCCUAGCUACCCCAUGGCCUCCCUGUAUGUGGGAGACCUGCACCCAGAUGUUACUGAAGCUAUGCUGUACGAGAAGUUCAGCCCGGCUGGGCCCAUCCUUUCCAUCAGAGUGUGUAGGGACAUGAUCACCCGUCGGUCCCUCGGAUACGCCUAUGUCAACUUCCAGCAGCCCGCGGACGCUGAGCGAGCUCUGGACACCAUGAACUUUGAUGUCAUCAAAGGAAGGCCUCUCCGCAUCAUGUGGUCCCAGCGUGACCCCUCUCUGAGGAAGAGUGGAGUGGGCAACAUCUUCAUCAAGAACCUGGACAAGUCCAUUGAUAACAAGGCUCUCUAUGACACCUUCUCUGCUUUUGGAAACAUUCUUUCCUGCAAGGUGGUUUGUGAUGAAAAUGGCUCAAAGGGCUACGGUUUUGUACACUUUGAGACUCACGAGGCUGCUGAGCGAGCCAUUGAGAAAAUGAAUGGCAUGUUGCUCAAUGACAGAAAAGUGUUUGUCGGACGCUUCAAAUCACGGAAAGAGAGAGAGGCUGAACUUGGUGCACGUGCCAGAGAGUUUACCAAUGUUUACAUCAAGAACUUUGGAGAAGACAUGGACGAUGAGAAGCUGAAAGAGUUGUUUGGCAAAUAUGGGCCCGCCCUGAGUAUCCGUGUUAUGACCGAUGAGAGUGGCAAAUCUAAGGGGUUUGGCUUUGUCAGCUUUGAGAGACAUGAAGAUGCUCAAAAGGCUGUAGAUGACAUGAAUGGAAAAGAACUGAAUGGCAGACAAGUCUACGUGGGUCGCGCACAGAAGAAAGGAGAACGCCAGAAUGAACUGAAACGCAAAUUUGAGCAGAUGAAACAAGAUCGCAUGACCAGAUACCAGGGUGUUAAUCUUUAUGUGAAAAACUUGGAUGAUGGCUUGGAUGACGAACGUCUGCGUAAAGAAUUCUCUCCAUUUGGAACCAUAACAAGUGCAAAGGUGAUGAUGGAGGGAGGCCGGAGCAAAGGCUUUGGCUUUGUGUGCUUCUCUUCUCCUGAGGAGGCAACUAAAGCUGUGACAGAAAUGAACGGGCGCAUUGUAGCUACAAAGCCACUGUAUGUGGCAUUAGCUCAGCGGAAGGAGGAGCGUCAGGCCCAUCUUACAAACCAGUACAUGCAGAGGAUGGCUACUGUCCGUGCUGUACCCAAUCCGGUCCUCAACCCCUACCAGCCAGCGCCACCUUCAGGCUAUUUCAUGGCGGCUAUACCUCAGGCUCAGAACCGUGCUGCAUACUACUCCGCCAACCAGCUGGCUCAGCUUCGCCCCAGCCCCCGUUGGGCCACUCAGGGAGUGCGUCCUCAGCACUUCCAGAACAUGCCCAAUGCGAUGCGCCCAUCUGCUCCCAGGCCCCAGACCUUCAACACCAUCCGUCCUACCACGACCACCAACACCCAGGUCCCACGCAUGAUGACCUCCCAGCGCAUGCCCACUCAGGCCCUCAGCCAGCGCCCCGCCAGUGCUUCGGCAACAGCUGCCCCAGUGCGAGCCAUUCCCCAGUACAAGUACGCUGCAGGCGUUCGCAACCCUCAGCAGCACAUGGCCUCCCAGCCACAGGUCACCAUGCAGCAGCCUGCUGUCCACGUCCAAGGACAGGAGCCCCUGACUGCCUCUAUGCUGGCUGCUGCCCCCCCUCAGGAACAGAAGCAGAUGCUGGGUGAGCGUCUGUUCCCCCUGAUCCAGAACAUGCACCCAAGCCUGGCAGGCAAGAUUACUGGUAUGCUGCUGGAAAUCGACAACUCUGAGCUUCUCCACAUGCUUGAGUCACCAGAGUCUCUGCGCUCAAAGGUGGAUGAAGCUGUUGCCGUGCUUCAGGCUCAUCAAGCCAAAGAGGCUGCCCAGAAGUCCACCACUCCUGCUGGUGUUCCCAGCGUCUAAGACAGCAUUUUGAAACCUGCUUCACCGAUGGAAAAAGAGAAAAAAAAAUUAAACAUUGAAAAACCUAAAACUCUGAAAACAUCGCAAAAUGAUAAAUUAUUUCUUAAAAAAAGAAAACAAUUGACAUUGCCAGGUCUAGGGAUGGUUUGACUAGACCUUGUUCAUAAACAAAAAUUUGUUGAAAAAAAAUAGCAAAAUAGAUAUAAAAAAAAUCGAGAUGAUAAAUUUGAAUGCAUUCCUCUGUUUUAUGUCAUUUUACUGUGUCAGUGCUCAGAAUAUCAGCCAUGUGCGAGAAUGUGGUAGCUGAGCAUUUUGGAAGGUGAUUUGUAUUGUUAACUGGCUGUAAUAAAUUCUCAUUCAAAGC